UCGGCCACUGGGGACCAGUAACCAGCCACUGGGACCAGUAACCGGCCGGGGAUCGGCCACUGGGGACCAGUAACCGGCCGGGGAUCGGCCACUGGGGACCAGUAACCAGCCACUGGGACCAGUAACCGGCCGGGGAUCGGCCACUGGGGACCAGUAACCAGCCACUGGGACCAGUAACCGGCCGGGGAUCGGCCACUGGGGACCAGUAACCGGCCGGGGAUCGGCCACUGGGACCAGUAACCGGCCAGGGAUCGGCCACUGGGGACCAGUAACCGGCCGGGGAUCGGCCACUGGGGACCAGUAACCAGCCACUGGGACCAGUAACCGGCCGGGGAUCGGCCACUGGGGACCAGUAACCAGCCACUGGGACCAGUAACCGGCUGGGGAUCGGCCACUGGGGACCAGUAACCGGCCGGGGAUCGGCCACUGGGACCAGUAACCAGCCACUGGGACCAGUAACCGGCCGGGGAUCGGCCACUGGGGACCAGUAACCGGCCGGGGAUCGGCCACUGGGGACCAGUAACCAGCCACUGGGACCAGUAACCGGCCGGGGAUCAGCCACUGGGGACCAGUAACCAGCCACUGGGACCAGUAACCGGCCGGGGAUCGGCCACUGGGACCAGUAACCGGCCAGGGAUCGGCCACUGGGGACCAGAAACCAGCCACUGGGGACCAGUAACCGGCCAGCACGGGCCUGGGGGGCUCGGGGGUCCCAUGGAGCCGGCUGCUCCGUCUCCGGGCCCCGCGGCCGCGCUGACAGUCAUGGACCCCUCGGUGACGCUCUGGCAGUUCCUGCUGCAGCUGCUGGAGCAGCGGAGCAACGGGCACCUGAUCGCCUGGACGUCGGCCGACGGCGAGUUCAAGCUGGUGGACGCCGAGGAGGUCGCCCGGCUCUGGGGGCUGCGGAAGAACAAAACCAACAUGAACUACGACAAGCUGAGCCGUGCCCUGCGCUACUACUACGACAAGAACAUCAUCCGGAAGGUCAAUGGGCAGAAGUUUGUCUAUAAAUUCGUCUCAUACCCAGAGCCGUCCGGCGUGGAGGGGGCCCAGGAGGAAGGGACGCUCCGGCGGGUGGAGCCAGCCCUGGCUGACUCCCGGCUGGGGGAUGGGAGCUCCGGGCCCCCCAAGUCCCUGCGUGGGGGGGGUGUCCCCCGGAGUAGCCGUAACGAGUACAUGCGCUCGGGUCUGUACUCCACCUUCACUAUCCAGUCGCUGCAGGCGGCCCCCCCUGGGCGAGCGCCCCGCCAGGACCCCCCAGCUCUGUGCAGCGAGCCCUCAGGGCCCCACGACCUGCCCCCCGGGGAGAUGGAGGAGAUUCCCCAGCUGGAGAUCAGCAUCGAAGGAGCAGACGAGAGCGAACCCCUGCAGGUCUUUGUGGCACCGGAGACCCUGGAUGCAGAUCACCCCCACCAAGGGGACACACCUCGGCGGGACCCCGGGCUGCGGCCGGUGCUGGUGAAAGUGGAAGCACAGGGGGAUGCCGAGGGGUCCCCGCUCCUGGUUCUGAUCGACUCGGGGGUGAAGCAGGAAGCCCCGCCCGCCGAGGAGGCUCCCAGGGGGACAGAGGGAGAGCCUCCAGUGGGGGCGGGGCCUCAGGAGGAGAAGGGGGAGAGGGUGCCUGGGGGGGCCCCCAGCGAGGGGCACGGCCCGAAGGGGCGAAAGCCCAAGGACCUGGCGCUGCCGUCCCUGCCCGGGCAGGAGAAGAUCAGCGCGGCCAGCGGCUGCCUGCUGGCGCCUGGCGGGGGAGCGGGCAGCGGGCUGACGCCCACCACCGUGAUCUCCACGCACGCGCUAACCCCCGUCCUGCUGACCCCCAGCUCCCUGCCACCCACCAUCCACUUUUGGAGCACCCUGAGCCCCAUCGCCCCGCACAGCCCCGCCAAGCUCUCCUUCCAGUUUCCCUCUAACUCUGGCGGGCAAGUCCACAUCCCCUCGCUGAGCAUGGAUGGACUCUCCACUCCGGUCGUGUUGUCCCCGGGGCCCCAGAAGCCGUGAGUCCAUCCGUCCGUCCAUCCAUCUGUCUCUCUCUGCUGCUCGCGGAGCUGGCGGGGGGAGGGGGGGCGCCCAUUCCGCACCUGGAUUCUUGUCCCAGCCUUGCGGGACUGUUUACCAGGGUGGCUGGAUACGUCCGUGUCCUGCUUCGGGCAGAGAGCCCUGCUUGGUGUCAGCGAUGGGACGCGCCUGCUGUCUCGUUUAAAAUGGGAGCCGGAGCACGCCGCCAUUCCGCCCCUAGGGGGCGCAAUGUGGGACAUUCCCCUUGGUGCUUGCUUGGCCUUGAGCUGCACCCCCCGACACACACAGAGUUCCUGGGGCCUUGCAGCUCUGACCCCAUUCUUCUGGGGUCGUUGUGUUUAUUCCCCGCCCUGAUGGCUCAGGGUGUAUUUUCGAUGUGGAAGGAUACGUCCCCCGGGAACUUGGGGUGUGGUUUGGCUGCUAGUUGUGGGGCUGAUUUUAUUUAUUACCCAGGGCCUCCUGGCCCUGGUUUGAAACCCUCUGUGGGUAGCCUUUCUUGGCCCCCCCCAUGCCAUGGCCUCCUCGGAGCUCCUCUUUGUGCGGGCUCUACGUCGGCCAUCUUUGUUUUGAAAGGGUAGCCGUGUUGUCCAUGUUUGUUGUGGCUGGAUGGGGGUGUGUGUGUGUGUGUCGGCCAUCUUUGUUUGCUGACACCACAUCCCCGUGGUUCCGGUGGAGGAAGAAGUCCUGCUCUCCGCUUCUUGUUCCUUGAUUUACUUCCUGGAGGUCAAAGGUCACCUCCUUGAGUCUCCGUAGAAGUGGCAGGCGGAGGAAGUCCUGCCCUAGUUCCCUCCUGAAGGUCGAAGGUUGCCUGUUCGUCACCAUGGAAACGGCCAAGAGGGAAGUCCCACCCACUAAUUUCAGGGGCCGUUUCCCUCCUUGCAAAGCCUGUUUCCUUGAUUUAUUUCCUGACGAUCAAAGGUCACCGUGGAAAUGGCCGCAGAGGAGUCCCAUCCCUCACACCUUUCCUAGGGAGGAUUCCUUCAUUUGCCUCCCAUUUGUUGCCUGGGAAAUGACAGCAGAGGAAGUCCCGCUUUUUUCAGGACAGUCGUCCUCUUGUUUCCUCCUUUGACUUCCUGCUGGCCCUUGAGCGCCUCUUGUGCAGCCAUGGAAAUGGCAAAGGAGGAAGUUCUGCCCUGUUUCCACUCUGCUACUUCCUGUUCAAAGCGUGCUGAUUCUGGGGAAGUGCCAAAGGAGGACGUCCCGCCUUAUUAACCUCUCAUCUACUUCCUGCGAAUCCAAGGCCACCUAUUCUGUGGACGUGGCAAAGGAGGAAGUCCCGCCUUAUUAACUUCUCAUCUACUUCCUGUGAGUCAAAGGCCACCGAUUCUGUGGACAGGGCGAAGGAGGACGUCCCGCCCUUCUCACUGCUAUUGACUUCCUGUUAGUCCCGCAAGGCCUGCACUGCAUCUAAUGGGAAAGGGCUGCCUUGUCUUCUUGUUUUGAUACCAAAAUUUUCCCGGGCUGUGAACUUCGUGCUCGAGAUAUAGAUCUAUAUUUUUGUGGGGCCAUCCCAAGGGGCUGAAAUUUCCGAAUGUCAUUUAUUUAGUGCUCCACGGGAUUCCCGGCUCCUUUCUAUUUUUCAGAGAGUAUAUUGAUAUUAUUGAGCUAUGUGCAUUGAUCAUAUACAAACCUACGGGACUCGGUGGUAAUUACCUGCCGGGCCGUCUUUUUUAAUAUAUAAAAUGGUUCUAUUUUUG